GGAGGGCUGCGAGGCCCGCAGGCAGGGAGGCGACCGCGGCCUCCUCAGGCGCCAACGGGCGUCGCGCGCAUGCGCGGGGCCCGCGCCGCCCCCCACCCCCAUCGCGCGCCCCGCUCCCAACGACCCGGGCGCGGCCCUCUGGGCCAUGGAACCCGCCCGAGUCGGCGCCGUUCCGGCUCCCCCGUUCUCUGGUUCUGCGCCCCUGCCCCGUGCCGCCCGGCGGGAGCCCUGACGAGGCCCUGCCGGCGUAGGCCGCGGCCCAGGCCUCGCUCCCGCCUCUGCCGGGCACGCGCCGCGCCCCCGAGGCCGGGUCCCGCGCGUGCGCGCGCCCGCGUGUAUGUGUGUGAGUGUGGGCGCCGUGAGGGGUGGUCGGCGCCGUGCCGCGCCGGGAGCCAUGCCGCGGGGCCGCCCCCCGAAGCCCAGGGAGAGCAAGGCGCGCGGCCACACCGAUGGAGUUUUAACAUUGAAUGCGGAGAGCACUAAUUAUGCCUAUCAAGUUCCAAACUUCCAUAAAUGUGAAAUCUGUCUGCUAUCUUUCCCAAAAGAGUCCCAGUUUCAACGCCACAUGAGGGAUCACGAGCGAAAUGACAAGCCACAUCGAUGUGACCAGUGUCCCCAAACUUUUAAUGUUGAAUUCAACCUGACACUUCAUAAGUGUACCCACAAUGGGGAAGACCCCACCUGUCCUGUGUGCAACAAGAAAUUCUCCAGAGUGGCUAGUCUCAAAGCGCAUAUUAUGCUCCAUGAAAAGGAAGAGAACCUCAUCUGCUCCGAGUGUGGGGAUGAGUUUACGCUGCAGAGCCAGCUGGCCAUCCACAUGGCGGAGCACCGCCAGGAGCUGGCUGGGAACCGGACUCACGCUUGCAAGACCUGCAAGAAAGAGUUUGAAACGUCGUCACAGCUGAAGGAGCACGUGAAGACACACUACAGAGUCAGGGUCUCAAGUACAAGGUCUUAUAAUCGGAACAUUGACAGAAGUGGAUUCACAUACUCAUGUCCUCACUGUGGGAAGACCUUCCAGAAGCCGAGUCAGUUAACUCGGCACAUCAGGAUACACACAGGUGAGAGGCCGUUCAAAUGCAGCGAGUGUGGGAAAGCGUUCAACCAGAAGGGUGCCCUGCAGACCCACAUGGUGAAGCACACGGGGGAGAAGCCCCAUGCCUGCACCUUCUGCCCGGCCGCCUUCUCGCAGAAGGGGAACCUGCAGUCCCACGUGCAGCGUGUCCACUCGGAGGUCAAGAAUGGUCCUACCUACAAUUGCACAGAAUGUAGUUGUGUAUUUAAAAGUUUGGGGAGUUUAAAUACCCACAUCAGCAAGAUGCACAUGGCUGGGUCACAAAAUUCAGCAAGUUCUGCAGACACUGCUCAUGUUUUAACAGCCACCCUCUUUCAGACUUUACCACUUCAACAGACGGAAGCCCAGGUCACGUCGUCAGCUAGUCAGCAGAAUUCCCAGGCAGUCACGGAUGUCAUCCAGCAGCUCCUGGAGCUCUCGGAGCCAGGGCCGGUGGAGGCGGACCAGUGCCCGCAGCCCGGCCAGCAAUUAAGUAUUACCGUGGGCAUCAACCAGGACAUCCUCCAGCAAGCCUUAGAAAACAGUGGGCUGUCUUCAAUUCCAGUUGCAGCACACCCUACCGAAUCGAGCCACACCAAGACUUCCGCAACCCAGAUUCAAAACCCAGACAUUUCCAGUAUAUCAAGUGAGCAAGCUGACCCUGCAGAUGCAGAGCAGGAAAAAGAGCAGGAAAGCCCAGACAAGCUGGAUAAAAAAGAAAAAAAAAUCAUAAAGAAGAAAUCCCCAUUUCUACCUGGCUCGAUCCGCGAGGAGAACGGCGUGCGGUGGCACGUGUGCCCCUACUGCGCCAAGGAGUUCAAGAAGCCCAGCGACCUCGUGCGCCACAUCCGCAUCCACACGCACGAGAAGCCCUUCAAGUGCCCGCAGUGCUUCCGCGCCUUUGCCGUAAAGAGCACGCUGACCGCACACAUCAAGACCCACACGGGCAUCAAGGCCUUCCAGUGCCAGUGCUGCCUGAAGAGCUUCUCCACCUCGGGCAGCCUCAAGGUGCACAUCCGCCUGCACACAGGGGUCCGACCCUUCGCCUGUCCUCACUGCGAGAAGAAGUUCCGCACGUCCGGCCACCGCAAGACCCAUGUAGCCUCGCACUUCAAGCACGCCGAGCUGAGGAAGCUGCGGCACCCGCGCAAGCCUGCAAGGGCCCGUGCGGGCAAGGCGAGCGCCCCAGCCCCUGACAUCCCCUUGCAGGAGCCCAUCCUCAUAACUGACCUGGGUCUUAUCCAGCCCAUCCCAAGAAACCAGUUUUUUCAAAGUUAUUUUAAUAAUAAUUUUGUAAAUGAAGCAGAUAGACCAUACAAGUGUUUUUACUGUCACCGAGCAUAUAAAAAAUCUUGCCACCUUAAACAACAUAUCAGAUCACACACGGGUGAAAAACCUUUUAAAUGUUCUCAGUGUGGAAGAGGCUUUGUGUCUGCGGGAGUGCUGAAAGCACAUGUGCGGACGCAUACUGGUCUGAAAUCGUUCAAGUGUCUCAUCUGUAACGGCGCCUUCACCACGGGGGGCAGCUUGCGGCGCCAUAUGGGUAUACACAAUGACCUCCGGCCCUACAUGUGUCCCUACUGCCAGAAGACAUUCAAAACCUCCCUCAACUGCAAGAAGCACAUGAAAACCCACAGGUAUGAGCUUGCCCAGCAGCUGCAGCAGCAGCAGGCAGCCUCGCUCGGGGAUGGCACCGGGGCCCCACAGAGCCUGCCCGCCACCACGCAGAUGCACGUGGAGAUCGAGAGCGACGAGCUGCCACCCGCCGCUGAAGCAGUCGCUGCACACCCGGAAGCCAUUCUGGAGCUGGAGCCCCAGCAUGUCGCAGGCCCGGAGGAAACGGGCCUUGCCCAGCAGUUGACGGGUCAGCCUUUGGAGGGCGGCGAAGGUUCCGUGACUCCACAGCAGGCUCUGCAGGGGCACAUGGAUCAGUUUGAGCAGCAGUCUCUCACACAGCAGCCGUUUGAGCCGGCAGGGUUGUCACAAGUUUUCUGAUUUAUUUCAGGUUUUACAGUGACUGAAACAUACAGUCAACAGGCCAGUUUUCCGCCUGUCCAACAACUGCAAGAUUCCAGUACACUCGAAUCUCAAGCCCUUUCCACCAGCUUCCAUCAGCAGAACUUACUUCAGGUUCCUAGCUCAGAUACAAUUAAUGUAACAACUCGCUUGAUUCAAGAGUCGUCCCAGGAGGAGCUGGAGCUGCAGACUCAGCACGCCCAGUUCCUGGAGGACGGCGGGGAGCAGAGCCGGCGCUCUUACAGAUGUGACUAUUGCAACAAAGGUUUUAAGAAGUCCAGCCACUUGAAGCAGCACGUCCGGUCACACACUGGCGAGAAGCCCUAUAAAUGCAAGCUCUGUGGGCGUGGGUUUGUUUCCUCAGGGGUUCUGAAGUCCCAUGAGAAGACACACACAGGAGUUAAGGCGUUCAGCUGCGGCCUCUGCAAUGCCUCUUUCACCACCAAUGGCAGCCGCACCCGGCACAUGGCCACCCAUGUGGGCUCGAGGCCUUACAAGUGCCCGUUCUGCGAGGAGAGCUUCCGGACCACGGUCCACUGCAAGAAGCACAUGAAGAGGCACCAGGCGGCGCCGGCGGCCGUGCCGGCCCCCGGGGACCCAGGAGGAGGAGAUAUAUGCCUGGAGGAAGAGGAAGAAAAUUCUGAAAGAAAUGCAUCUAGAAAAUCUCGUCCCGAGGUCAUUACUUUUACAGAGGAAGAAACAGCAGAAUUAGCCAAAAUUAGGCCAAGGGAAAGUGCUACUGUUUCAGAAAAAGUUCUUGUCCAGUCUGCCGCAGAAAAGGACCGAAUUAGUGAGAUGAAAGAUAAACAAGCUGAACUGGAAGCAGAGCCAAAGUAUGCCAACUGGCUUGCACCCUAUUGUCCCAAAAGCUUUAAAAAACCCAGUGACCUAGUGAGGCAUGUGCGCAUCCACACCGGAGAAAAGCCGUACAAAUGUGACGAAUGCGGAAAGAGCUUCACUGUGAAGUCAACUCUGGAUUGCCACGUGAAGACACAUACAGGUCAGAAGCUCUUCUGUUGUCAUGUCUGCAGCAAUUCUUUCUCCACCAAGGGAAGUCUGAAGGUCCACAUGCGUUUGCACACAGGAGCCAAGCCUUUCAAGUGUCCACACUGUGAGCUGCGUUUCCGGACUUCUGGGCGAAGGAAAACUCACAUGCAAUUUCAUUAUAAACCAGACCCCAAGAAAGCCAGAAAACCUGUGACCCGAAGUUCUUCCGAAGGAUUGCAGCCUGUGAACCUCCUCAGCUCAUCCUCGACAGACCCGAACGUAUUUAUCAUGAAUAACCCUGUUCUCACAGGGCAGUUUGAGCAAAGUUUGCUCCCACAAGGGCUGGUGGGCCAGGCUAUCCUUCCUGCUUCUGUGUCAGCAGGGGGUGACCUAACCGUGUCCCUGGCUGAUGGUGGCUUGGCCACCCUCGAAGGCAUACAGCUGCAGUUGGCUGCCAAUUUGGUUGGACCCAAUGUGCAAAUUUCUGGAAUCGAUGCCUCCAGCAUCAACAACAUCACCUUGCAGAUCGAUCCAAGUAUUCUACAGCAAACUUUACAGCAGAGUAAUUUGCUUGCUCAGCAGCUAACUGGGGAGCCUGGUCUGACCCCACAAAACAACUCUCUGCAGGCCCCAGAUGGGGCCGUCCCAGCCAGUGUGGUCAUCCAGCCCAUCUCGAGCCUCUCCUUGCAGCCUGCAGCCACGUCAGCCAAUCUGACCGUCAGCCCACUGUCCGAGCAGGACCCCGUCUUGACUGCCAGCAGCAGCGGGACCCAAGAUCUCUCUCCAGUGAUGACCCCACAGGGCCUCGUUUCUGCGUCGAAUGGCCCCCAUGAAAUCACAUUGACGAUUAAUAACUCCAGUCUGAGCCAGGUGCUCGCCCAGGCUGCCGGCUCUGCUGCCACACCAUCCUCGGGGUCUCCACAGGAAAUCACGCUCACCAUAUCUGGUCAAGAUCUCAUUCAGCACAAUUCUAAUGGAAGUAGUGAACUAAAUGGAAGCAUAAGAUUGUCAGCAUCUGCAAUCAGUAAUCAAUCUACAGGUGCCACCCUGACAAUAAGCAAUGAUCAGCUUCUCUCACAGAGCGCAACAUUGAACUCUUCAGAACUUAAUGCGACAUCGGGAAGCCUUCCCGCAGCAACGCCAGUGUCUCCCUCCAGCAUGUCUGCCCCGAGCCUGGUCGUGUCGUCGCCGGGUGUGGCAGGGGACGCCAGUGUCACUCUGACUCUGGCUGACACGCAGGGCGUGCUUUCCGGAAGCCUCGACACGGUCACCCUCAACUUUACCGCCCAGGGCCAGCAGUUCCCGGCUUUGCUCACGGACCCCUCUCUCGCGGGCCAGGCCGGGACGGGCUCACAGCAGGUCAUCCUGGUGAGCCACACGCCACACUCGCCGUCCGCUAAUUGUGAGGAAAUAGCCUACCAGGUAACCGAGGUCUCUCCAAACCUGGCCAAGGGAAGCCAGCCCGAGAAGGAGGGCCGGGUGCACCAGUGCCUCGAGUGUGGCCGCACCUUCUCCUCGGCCGCGAUGCUGGUGCACCACAGCAAGGAGGUCCAUGGCCAGGAGCGCAUCCACGUCUGCCAUGUCUGCAGCAAAGCCUUCAAGCGCGCCACCCACCUCAAGGAGCACCUGCAGACACACCAGGCCGGCCCAUCCCCAAGUUCACAGAAGCCGAGGGUGUUUAAAUGCGACACCUGUGAGAAGGCGUUUGCCAAACCCAGCCAGCUCGAGAGACACAGCCGCAUCCACACAGGGGAGCGGCCGUUCGACUGCACGCUCUGCGAUAAGGCCUUCAACCAGAAGAGCGCGCUGCAGGUGCACAUGAAGAAGCACACCGGGGAGCGGCCCUACCGCUGCCGCUACUGCGCCAUGGGCUUCACCCAGAAGAGCAACAUGAAGCUGCACGUGCGGCGCGCACACGGCUGCGCAGGCCCUUUGCAGGAGCCCGUGGGUCACCAGGAGCCAGCGGGGACGGAGCUGCCCCGGACGCUGCACUUGGGCACGGUGGUGCAGGAACCCGCCAGCGAGUGGCAGAGCCUCGCCAACGUUUUUUGAUGCAAAUCUAAAUUAUACUUUUAAGAACCUUUCUGAAGUUUGUAAAGAACAAAGCACUUGGCACUUCUGUUUUGAAGCUUCAAGUGUUACAGAUGUUAAUACAAUAGUAUUUUUACCUAUAAAAUUAUCUAAAGAAUCAUUGUUUUUCAGAGACUUAUAGGAAAAAAACUGGGGAGAAUAUAAAUGUGUUAUUCUCGUAUGUCUAUGAAUCACUGAACUCAGGUACUACAAUACAACGGGCAGUUUCAUCUACUCCACGGCCAGUGUAUCUAGUUAAAAAAAGAAUUUCUUAACUGGAUCUUACUAUCAUUGUAGUGUGAUUUCUUUGUAUUAGCAAAGACAAAAGUUAACCUGGAAAAGGAUGUAAGGUUUUACUUCCUGCUUUCUGUUAUAAGAAGCCUAGCUAAGAAGCAAAUCUAAGAGAGGUGCAUGAAGUUCACAAAAAACGUCCUGACACGGGGAAGUGCUUUCCACUCUGUUCUCUGUGCAUUUUGAAAAUUAGUAUAAGUGGGUUCUUUGUAGUGUACGAUAAGUUAACAUGACCGAUACUUGAGGGGUGGCUGGAUUGGCUGGACCAAUCUCCUCUCAAUUGCAGACAUCAAAUCAUCAGCAACUAGAAGGCAGAAUCUGGGGCAUAAACGGGGGAAGGAAAGAGUGAAGAGUAAACAUCCACGUGGGGUGGUGUGUGCACUUCCUGUGUAAAUCUGUAUUCAGGCACAGGGGUUGGCAAGCACAGAAAGCACAAGCCAUACCUUGACUAUAGAAAGAAACAGUUGGACCCCUAGGAACAAAGUAAUUAUGGCUCUGUCUACUUCAAUAAAUAAAAAAUAUAUUUGUAAUGUAAGUCUAAGGAUCCAUAAACACCCCGUGGUUGCCCCCUCCUGCAUAAACAAAUGUAUUUUUUAUUUCAGGGAAGUUUCUAGUAUCAGCAAUGGUGCCACAUGAAACGUGCCCCACCCCAAAUCCCCCCCAUGCUGGAGCCAAGAGCACUCAUUCCUAUAACAUUCCAAAGAUGGAAAAUUCUUUACUUAAUUUUAAUUUUUCCUUUGAAAUUAUUUAUAUUUUCUCUAUAUAAAUACAUAUGUAUAUAGACAGAUAUAUGGGCCUCUGUGUGGCUGAGCAGUAUAUUUUGUAAAUAUGAACACUAGUUCCAAUUACGGAAAGAGAGCAGCAGAGUUUCACCUUCCUACAAGCACUUCCAGAUCAGUAUUAUAUUCAUUUUAUUAAUAAAUGGUUAUCUUUUUCAUUGUAAUAUAAAGCUGGGUUUUAUUUUUUUUUUCCUGAAAAGAGUUGCCUUUAUUUUCUCUCAUUGCCUCCUUGUGUUUCAGAAGAGAGUAGUUUUAUUAUAAAUAUUUUAUGGACUUUGUAUAUGAAGAGAAAGAUCACUUCAGAUUCUUAAAGACAUUUCACUGUUACUUUGAAAGGGCAUCUUUUGAUCUUUAGUUCACUUUUGGCUCAUGUAUAUAAGUAAUACUGAUGGUGAUAUGAAAACUUGUGUUAUGUGAAAAUAUUUAAGUCAGAAAACUGUUAAAUAAUAUUACUUUUUUCCCAAACUGCUUUGUGUAUUGUAUAUUUUUUUAAGGAAAAAAAAGCCUUAUUUGACUUAUUCUUGUGACACUGGAUUAUUAUAAAUCCUGCUGUUUCCCUUGAAUGCCGCUGUGUGCACCUGGCUGCAGAGUCUCCAGAACAAUUGUGAUUACGCUAGAGUUUAAAGGUUCUACUUUUAUGGCACUUUUAAAAAGAAUUUUGUUUUGUAUUAAACUGUUUUAGGAAUGUUGAUUAAUUUUGGUGACCACAUAUCCCCAAAGUUAAAAUUAUUGGUAUAUUUGUUCUUGCUGGGUUAUUUAUUUUGCUUUUAGCAUUAAAUGCCAUCUCAGGGCCAUCUCUAACCCUAAUUUUAUAGAGAGCCCAGGUUAGCAGAUUGUACUUGUUAGCUGCCUAUUGAAGUAAGGCCUUGACAGGGGAAUCUAAAGCCUACCUUUAUUUUGGUUAAAGAAGAAAAAAAUCUGUCAAACCAUUUUGUGACUUUUCUGAACUUAUUAGCAAACUGAAGACAUUUAUAUAUUUGGGGAUUAAUUUCCUAAUUAUUGUAACUGUUUCUGUGCAAAACGUUAUAAAGACAUGAUUUCACUGGAUUCUUCCAUGGGUUACAAGUUGAUGUUUAAUUUUACCGAUUGAUAAAACAUCUUCUUAGAGAAGAGAUUUCUAGUCCCACACAGAACCAGGGUUUUGAGAAUAGGUAACUGUAUUUUUAGAAAUAUCUCUGCAUAGCAUAUCUACUUGGGAAUAAUAAAUAAAAAAUGAAGUUAGGAAAUAUGACUUUUUUUCUUUCAAAAUAUUUACUAUAAAAUAGUUAGGCAUGCAAAUUCAUUUAAGGUUUAGAUAACUUUUAACAGUGAAGAAUUUUGAUGUUUGAUGAUAUUUUCCUUUUUAAAAGUCCAGACAAUGAAAAUUUAGCUUUGCAAAUUCUGUUUGAAGCGCUCACAGUGCAAAAAAGGAUGUAGGUCAACAAGAGGCCAGUUGUAUACUAGCCCAGUCCUACUCAGGUAUCAUUACUGUUCUUAGUUGUUUUUUAUUUCUUGCCAGUUAAAUAGCAGCCUCGUCAUCUAGGUGACUCUUGAACGUUCUUGUGGUAAUUCACUAAACUGAAGGAAUAAAUUCUCUUUCCAGAGAUCUCUUUCCAAACUUCAUACUGGGAUAUAGCCUAUAUGAUGCCAAGGGUAUAAAAGGAAUCCAGUAUUUAGAAUCCAAUCAGAUAAUGCAAAAGUAGUCUUUUUUUCAUAGGGUGGCCAUAGGUUAAAAUAAAAUCAUGUUUUCAAAACUAAACCCAAAUGAUCUUCUCCCACCCCCAACCAACAAGUUCUGCUUUUUGCCCUUUUAAACAUUUGAGGUAAUAAAAAAAGUUUUGUUAUGUGAAAAUAUUUACACAAGUCUGUAAGUAGAAGAAACCUCAUCAUGGAUGGCGAUUAGCCUCCUUGCCAAUCAGUUCAAUGGGAGGCUGGUCAAAGAUUGCUUUUUACCUUUUCACAGUGCUUUACUGUUGAAAUGAGAAGAAUCUGCCCUAGUACUAAGUAAUUUCCAUCGCAUUCAGCUUUUACCUGGGGAAUGUUUCUUCCGUACGAUAUUUGGUAUGCCCAGGACGCCAGCCCAGGGCUUGGAAAGUGGAAGGGCGUGUCCAGCCUUCCUGCCAGUGUCCCUCCUGCUGGAAGAACGUUUGUCACUCGUUAGCGUGCUCAUUUUCAUGUUGAAAGAGCCUCACCCAGAUUUAUGGAGGGAACAUCUUUUUUAAAGGAAGUACAUAAGAGGCGUAGAAUUUCUUUUCUGGUUAUUGUUUUUAGAGAUAGUUGAUGUCUGCUUUUUGCAUAUUUUUCCCCAGAAGCUAAUUUAAAUACCAUGUCCCUUCUCCCCCAAUAAAAUCCAUCCAAGGGUUGAUCCUUGCUAAUUUAACCUUUUCUUAAGAACCUAAUGUGUAAGUGAGGAGAGGUGAAAUUACACGACUGAUACUCUAGGGGUCUCCUCUUUGUGCUCCUUAAUCUAUAUUCCUGUGAUGUUGGUGCUUUGUAUUUUUUAGAAUAAGAGUUUCUAAAGUGCCUACGAUGUACCCCAAUUCAAUGUAAUGGUUUAUAUGCCUGUUUGGGGCCUCUGUAUCUCUUCCAUGUGCUAAUAGAAAUUAUCAUUUUGAAAUAUGGUUGCCUCUCUGUUUAACAAGUAGGGGCAACAGAGUUUUUUUUUGCAAGAUUAGAAGCCCUACACAUCCCUGGCAAAGACAUUUUCUUGGCCUUGGUGAGAUUUAUCAGUCGUUUUGUAUUUGGUCAUCGUUGCCCUGAGCUGACUUCGCUCCUCCCGGCCCCUCUUCAGACGCACUCGUGCACAAGUACAUGAACACACACCCGCUUAUUCUCACCACACUUCCCUGGAGGCUGGAUGGUUGUGUGUGUGGCCGACUGACAACACUGAAAGCAACAAAACAAGAUUAGCCAGCAUAGAUGGCAGGAGCAACAGGCAGUAAUGAAAGGUUUUGCUAUCUAAUCUUUUUUAUGUGUAAUGCUUUAAAGCAUGAAGGCUUUUGUAUUAAAUCAAGAUUUGUAUUCUCUUACAAAUUCUAAAAUGACAGUGAGUCAGGCUUGAUUCACCACUAAAGAAAAAAAUUUAAGUUAAUUUUUUUUUAUUUACAUAAGAGUUCUUUUUUUAUCUUCAAAAUUGUUUCAUGGUCUGUUUAUACAUUGAAUGGUAUUUAACCCGAUUUUGUAUGAGAAAUGGACAGUUAUGCCAAAAGCCAACUGUGCUGGCUUAAAAAAUAAAAAUAGUUUUUGUAUUAUUUAAAAAUCCUGUAUAUUUACUUAUUUGGGCUUCGGGUGAGUUACAACAAUUUGAAGGUGGACAUUGUUCCUUAGUUACCAUUUUCAGCAUGGAUCAAGUGCAAUAUAAUGGUGCUGAAUUUGUAAUAAACUCAGACCCAUGGGGUUUGAAUAGUGUGAGGAUGUCUUAUUUUCUCUCUUUGAGGGUAUUUUCCAUUUUAUUUCUCAUUUGUAAGACAUUUAAGAGAAUGACUGGGGAGGAAAUGAAAACCAGUGUCAUCAUGAUGUUUACCCGUUGGUGGGAUAUGUGGGGUGUUAGACAUUCCCAGACAAGCGAAGAGUUUGCUCAGAGUACUAACUAACCCCUUUUUAAGAAAAAAAAAAUAUUUUCAAACUCUUAGAAGUUCUUACUUUUUAGAGUCAUUAUCCUGUUAAAAUAAAGAUUACCUCCAUAACUUUUUGGACUAAAAUAACUAAAAUGAUUUUGAUUUUUUUCUUAGACGUGGCUCAGAGGGAAUGGAAAGAAAUGUCCUUCUUGUUGCUUGCUUGUUUGUAAGAGGCAUAGUGCUCUGAUAAUUUCAAAAAUAUGGUGGGUGAUGGCAGGGGAUUUUUAAGCUAUCAGAUCAUGGAAAAUUUGUUCUUACCACUGUGGGUUGCCUCAGCUAUUUAAAAUGCUUCUCCAAAUGAGUUUUUCCAGAACACUUGCUCAUGAACAUAGAAAAGCUUCUCGUGCCCUGGCACAGUCGGGGGGAGGACAGUUGAGCCUUCCAGAAGGUAAGUCCUGGCACUGACGAGCCGCUUGCUUCCUGGCCGGUCAUUUCUUUUAAUUUCUCUCACUCUCUUUCCUCAUCUCUAAAAUAAGUUGAUUAAAUGUAUUCCUUUCUAGCUCUGAAACUUCCUAUUCCUAUUUUCCAUUAACCGGCUGUCGUGUAUUGGGAAGCUGUUCUCUGUGGGCCUUCGCAUUUCUGCACGUCCUGGGAGCACAGCACGGCCCUUGCUCCGGGUUACUUCUCAAGGCCACUGGCAUAGCCAGGCCCGGGUCUGCACAGGGAGGCCCAGAGCUCACUCGGAGGCCAGGCGGGGUCGGCUUCCUGGCGUCGCUCCGACCCCCGGGCAGGCCUCGCCGGCCCCCUUGGCUCCGCCGGGGGCGUACGGGGUUGGCGACUCGCCCGCAUGCUCCUUUAGGCUUUGGCUGCUGGUGCUGCGGGGGAUGACACGCUUUGUCUCUACCCCAGGGGCUCGCACUUCUGCCGGCCUCUGGGAUCCUCUUGGAAGCUCGCAAUUGGCUCAGAUCUCUGCCCGGCACAAGUGCUCGAUAAUCUGGUGUGUGUUUAUCCCGCAGGCCUUGACACAGCCCCUAGUCAGCGUGCGAUGCGGAUGGGAGUGUUUGGACAACCGUCGAUGCCCUGGAGUUAGCCGUUUCCCCACGGUCUCCUGGUUCCCUGUAACGGGUGGUGGUAUUUAGAAACUGAGCGCUGGUGAGCUCACUGCUGCCUAACAAGCAGACAGACUGGGAAGCAACUAGCAGCCUGUGUCUGGAAGCCAGCCCUGUGACACCCAGAGAACCAAGCUGCUCUGUGCCGACAUCUGUCCCCGAGUUGGGGUGUCCCCUCCGGGUCAGAAAUGCAGAUCAUUCCUCAGUUACUGCUCGGUGAAGAAAAGAGCCAGUGAUUACUGCAAACAAAAAAAAAAAAAAACCAAGACAAAAAGGCCUCAGUUUAUCUUUUGGAAGAAAGAAGUCGUCCCAUAAUUUCUAAAAUAACUUAA